CUGCUCAACAAUCAACGUUAUCCCACACUAUCAAUUACUAUAAGCUUCUUCGUUGCCCUUGUUCUUUCAGUCUCAAUAUGGUUGCUUCAGUCGUUGUUAUGACAUUUCUGUUGACGGGAAAAAAAAGGGGGGGGGGCCUUUUUGUCGAUUGUCUGUCUUCUCUUCCCGAGUCGGAAACUAUCUCAAUUGGCCAUGGUAGCCAGUAAAUAUACUUGUCGCAAAAUCGACGCCGUAAAUUGCAGACAGCAAUUGACGCCAUGUUUACCCUACGACAAUACUAUUGCCGUCUAUUGCGGAACUGGCUGACCCAUCCUCCUGUGAAUAAGGCGAUGCUUCAAGCCAAGCUGUCUUCUGUAACCCAGGUGAUGACGGGGAGGGAAGUGAGCAGGUUUGUCAUGGGCCUGCGAAAACGACAACGAAGAAUCGAGUCUGAACGGAAUCUUCCGUCAGGUUGCCUGAGUCGGCGAGGCAUAACGUGUCUCACCUUGGUGAUGUGUUAGCCCACACCAUCCCACCGGGAGUGAUCUCCGCAGGACAU